UUAGUAGACCGUCCCUGAAUCCACACAACUCUGAUGGGUACCUAACUUACGUUAGGGAAAGUAAAGGUGGCUGGGCAUAGUGCUGACCACCUUAUCUCUUCAUAUGCCGAGGUCACAGAAACAUGUGAACUCUACUUCGCUUGCCCUAUAGACCGUCAGGUUUAAAAAGGGAACUUUACUUUUUACUUUUUUACUUUCUAUUAAACUAUUGUCAUUAAUGUUUUUAAAAUCUUGCAGGGUAAAAUAAAACCUUUAAAAAAUAACUUGAUCGAGACAACAGCUACUUAAGCCCGUCCAUUUUGCCUACAGUGUAUUUAAAUUAGGAGAAAUCUAGCAGAUGGCACAUUUCUGAACAGCAGUGAACGGUCAAUAGUAUCACAAUAACACUCCUUAAAAAACUAACCCACAUAUCACUGAAAAUUAGUCUUAUCAUCGUAGCCAUUUAAAAACAAACGCGCUUUUUCACAAAUCAUUUUCUUCUAGGCUACUGAUUAAAUCGGAUAAUUAAUAUUGGUAUCAAAUUAAAGAAUGGUGUUGAGAAAAUUUGGGAUGCAAUGAAAGUGUAUGAUGGGGUAGCCAUCUUACUGUUUAACAUCACAAGGAAUGUUUUUGUUUUUGUUCGCCAGUUUCGCCCAGCUAUCUACAUCAACAUGGUGCAGACUGAGGUCAAGGAUGGCAUUGAGACAGUGGACACAGACAAGUACCCUGGCACUCUGGGCCUGACCAUGGAGCUGUGUGCUGGCAUCAUUGACAAAGACAAGUCAGUUCCAGAAAUUGCCAAGUCUGAGAUCAUGGAGGAAUGUGGCUAUGAGGUCCCCAUUGAAAAUAUUAAGAAAAUAACAACAUGCAGAAGUGGUGUGGGGACAUCAGGCGGUCUGCUCCACUUGUAUUAUGCAGAGAUCACAGACACCAUGAAAGUCGCAAGUGGAGGGGGUGUGGCCAGUGAAGGGGAGAUGAUUGAUGUAGUGGAGGUCACAGUGGAGGAGGGGAGGAAACUCAUGUUUGAUGAGUCAGUCAACAGAGUUCAUGUCUUUAUAUUUGCCCUGUAUUGGUUCUUUGAUCAAAUCUGGACUAAACAACCUUAGGUCUAGGUGUAAACCAACAUUUGAUAACAGUCACAGCAGUUUAAAAUCAGCUACACUGUGCCAGUUCUUCAUACAUUUCUCAGCUGGGUUACAUUCCAUCAUUCAUCAAGAAAUCAUAGUUUUCUGAUCUUUUAAAAUGUAAUUUUGCAUAUGUAAUGAAGUCACUGACUUAUAUUAAAUUUGUUUCUUUUAAA